AUGUUCACUGUUUCGAAAUUGCUUGUGCCUACUGCUGUUGUAGGGUUGGGUAUCACUAUAUAUCUUCAAGAUCGCCCACUGUCGGCCGCAAGGACGGCCACAAUAACAUCAUAUCAACAAUUAUCGCCCUCCUUUGCCAGCAGCUCACAAUCGUUUUCUUCGAUAAUCAAUCCAAGGAACCAUAUCAGUAUUACAGAUUCUUACAAGAUUCGAUUGUCUGAAGCCGACAUUCGAAAUAGGAGUGACGGAGAAAUUUUGGCAACAUUUACCCGUGGAUUCUUCGCAGGUUGGAUUUUCACCCCCGAAAGAUACCUCAUAGCAUCAUUGCAAUCUCUUGGUAUGAAGUUUAUACCUUGUGGGUACUCAAAAAUAUCUCCAGGACCAACCUUGGAAUUAAAGUCAUUAUCCGCCAAAAGACUACCUUCAAAAGGUUCUCUUCUUUUUGGCGGUAAUUUUAUGGUUCUAUCCACCAAGACCGAGGAUGACGGAUCUCCAGACUCUCCUAGUUGCGUUGAGAUUGGAUAUGGAGAUGAUCGCAAGCAAUUUUCGGGAAUGCAUAGCUUUGAGCUCAAUCAUGAAAAAGCUGGAGCUACAAUUUGGUAUUCCAGUGUAUCAUGUAAUCCAACUAAUAAUAAGAGGCCUUUUCCAAAUUGGGUAUUUGCAUUUCAUAGAUGCUCCAAUGUUCUUCCUAAAAAUAUAUACGAACGUCUGAUCGGUGAAAAUAAACCAAGCAGUCUAGUCUCUGGAUGUAGCGUCAAUGUUUCAUACGAUGUAGCUGUGAAACAAUGCGAAGCCAAGGUUGCAGCUAUUGUAGCAGAAUGCAAACGCAAUAAUACUAAAUACGGUGACAACGAUUUUAACCUCGAUGAUAUGGAGUAUUGCCUCAGAUCUCUCACAGUUACAGAACCAGACUCAGUGAGUGGAGGAGAACAUAUUAGAUUAAGUUCUCCGAAGAAACCCACGACUACGAGGGCAGUCAUACGAGCAGAAACCUUCGAUUUGACCGCGACUAAAGGGCGAGAGCCUGCUUGUGCAAAGAGAAUAAGUGAGAUAUUCGAUAUCCCGACAUUCUUCAUUGGUCAUGAAGCCCAUGUACAAGAUAUACGACAAGGAUCAGAAGGAGAUUGUUGGUUCAUAUCUUCUCUGGCGUGUCUCACUGUGGACGAAGCAUUUCCACGACUUAUCGACAAAACUUUGCCCGAAAAAAGCACGAAACGAAGAAAGAUCGUUGAUGAUAAACUCUACCUCACCAAUCCUGAUUACGAUGAUUGCAAUGAUGAUAGAAGAUUGGUGUGGGAUCGUUCUCAUGGAAGACUUGACCCGGAAGCUUCUCGUGCGGACUAUAAGAAUACUUUCCAAACCGGCUCCGAUGCACUGUUUUUUGGUUCUUGUGCUGAUCCAAACGAAACCUGGGUACCACUUAUUGAGAAAGCAUUUGCCAAAAUCCAUGGCGAUUAUGAUUCAAUUAGUGGAGGUUGGCCUGGUGAGGGUGUCGAAGAUCUUACCGGUGGUGUUUCUACCCAAUUUCUUACCGCUGACAUACUGGACAAAGAUUCUUUCUGGACUGAAGGUCUUUUGAAAGUCGGCAAGGAUUUUAUAUUCAACACUGGUACAAGGGAUUACAAUCAUCCUGAUCCAUAUCAACUUGGAAGGCAAGGUAUCGAAGAUGAUCAUGCUUACUCUGUUCUUCGAGCGGUUGAAUACCAGGGGAAUCGUCUUUGCCUCGUGAAAAAUCCUUGGGGUGAGACUGAAUGGAAUGGCCCAUGGUCAGAUGGGUCUAAAGAAUGGACUCCAGAAGCACUUCAAGCACUUAAUCAUAAGUUUGGGAAUGAAGGUAUCUUCUGGACGCCUUAUGAAGAUUUUCUCGAUCGAUAUGAUGAAAUCUGGAGAACAAGAAUAUUUCAUUGUGAUUGGUUCAAUUGGCACGUUGCCCAACAUUGGACGACGAUCAACGUACCUUGGUCCGGAAAUUACAAUGAAACCUCAUUUCACUUUACCAUUCCAGUCCCAACCACAACAGUGAUAGUUCUCUCACAGCUCGACACUCGUUACUUUAGUGGUCUUACGGGUCAAUAUACUUACUACCUCUCUUUUCACCUCCAUAAACCAGGUCAAGACUCUCACAUAGUUCGCGGCUACUCUAGUGGUGAUCGUUCCGCUACGACUGAAAUUUUUCUUGAAGCCGGUACUUAUGAAGUUUAUCUUCAAAUAACCGGAUAUCGCGAUGAUACACUUCCGAAGAUCGAAGACGUUGUCAGAGAUAAUUGGCUUGCUAGAAGAGAUAAACUGAUCCAAAUUGGUUUAAAGCAUGAUAUGGCCUAUGCUAAAGGUGUGAUCCAGGAGAAAUUUCCGAAGAAGUUUAAGAGGAUAUCUCUCGCUACACCGAUUACUCUUACCACUCCUUCAAUACUUACACCUCCUCCAACUCCGCUCCCAGCGUCCGCUCUUCCCAUUCCUAAUGAGCAAGCAGAUAUGUCCAAAGAUGCUUGGAAUGCAUCAUGUGUUGUAGGCCUCAGAAUUUACACGAAUGAGACGAUAGCAUCGAUUGGAAUAGGAAAAGUAGCGGAUGCAAUCAACGUUGAUACAAGUCCAGAUUUGACAAAGAAGGAACAGGGUAUUCAUCAAGACGAAAAAGAAAACUUUUCAGAUUAA